AGUUUUCAGUUUCGCCCAAUGAAAAAACAAGAGGAGGAGGACAGAAGGCGGGUCAGUGACGUAAUGCGGAUUGAUUGGCAUGCAGGCCUUGGACGUCCAGGAUUAGCCACGCAUUUCGCCAAUCCAGAGGCAGGGGAGGGACGGUGCAGGCGCAGAGAAUUGGGUUUGGCUGGCCUCGAUUUAAAGAGACAGAAGCUGUCGGGGUCCUGGAAGACGGUCCCCAAUACCCUCCCCCCAAGUCCUUGGGACCACUUGGGUCCCCAGAACUGGGGAGAUGGUUUGCGGCGGCUUUGCCUGCUCCAAGAAUGCGCUUUGCGCUCUCAACGUGGUCUACAUGCUGGUGAGCUUGUUGCUCAUUGGAGUGGCUGCUUGGGGCAAGGGCCUGGGUCUGGUGUCCAGCAUCCACAUCAUCGGCGGAGUCAUUGCUGUGGGAGUCUUCCUUCUCCUUAUCGCAGUGGCUGGACUGGUGGGUGCUGUCAACCACCACCAAGUCCUGCUGUUCUUUUACAUGAUCAUCCUUGGUUUGGUCUUCAUCUUCCAAUUUGUAAUCUCUUGCUCAUGUCUGGCUAUUAACCGAAGCAAACAGACAGAUGUCAUCAAUGCUUCUUGGUGGGUCAUGAGCAACAAGACUCGGGAUGAACUGGAAAGAAGUUUUGAUUGUUGUGGCUUAUUCAACCUCACAACCCUGUAUCAACAAGAUUAUGAUUUCUGCACUGCAAUCUGCAAGAGCCAGAGCCGCACAUGCCAGAUGUGUGGAGAAAAGUUUCUUAAGCAUUCAGAUGAAGCCCUGAAAAUCCUAGGGGGUGUUGGACUCUUCUUUAGCUUUACAGAGAUCCUUGGUGUUUGGCUAGCAAUGAGAUUUCGGAAUCAGAAGGAUCCUAGAGCCAACCCCAGUGCCUUUCUAUGAGACUCUGGAUCCUUCUCACUUCUCUUCUGCUCUAAGCUUUCUCUUCCUCCCUUAGGGAAUAUCUAGGGUCUGUAACCGUUUUGGUUUGAGAAAAAGGAAAGGCCCCUUGUCAAAUCCUCUAAAAUUGAUAGAAUAGUAAGACUUUAUGCAUCGACAUAUUUUAGUGGGAGCCAGACUAGAAGGAAUAAAAGGAAAAACUUUCUCCCUCUCUCUCCAAGAGGAUAUGGGAAGCUUCUGAGGGUACAUAGGAUGGGCUGGAGUCAUUCUUAGCUGUUUCCCCUCCUCCGUCCAUAUGCUAGAUCACCUCAACAUACCCUGGGAUGUGGCUCUAAGGGUAAAUCAGGGACAGAGCCAAGGAGAAAACCACCAAGAACUCUUUCCUGUAAUAAGCAGGACCCAGUUUGAGAAAGUUCAGUGCCAAGGAGAAAACCACCAAGAACUCUUUCCUGUAAUAAGCAGGACCCAGUUUGAGAAAGUUCAGUG